CAUAAAUGUUUGCCUGAAACCCAUUUGGAAAUCAAGCCAAAAGAUUUAUUUAUUGAAAAAUAAGUUUCUUGAAUCAAAGUGACUAUAUAAAUUGAAGGAUUUAAUAUAAUAGUACAGACACAUAACGCCGUUGCCAGCUGACCUUCCAAUAAUUCCAGAAUUGUCAUUGAACGCGUGGUGCAAAUAACCCACAAAAAUUACAUAGCAUCAACAAACAUGGAACCUCUAGAACCGGAUGUCUUCACCAAACAAACAAAGGAGCUCACAGCAGCGGAUAAGCAAAAGCUGGAGGAGCAAAACAAACGUGGUUUUGUGCCCGAAUUCAAAGCCAACAAACUGGAAAUUGAUGCCCAGAGGAACUGGGACAUAUUUUACAAGCGGAAUGAGACUCGCUUCUUUAAGGACCGCCACUGGACCACGCGGGAGUUCCAGGAGCUGCUGGACCAAGAGUCGUCCGACGACAAACGCACCCUCUUUGAAGUGGGAUGCGGAGUGGGCAAUUUGGUAUUUCCGCUCCUGGAGGAGCAAACCAGUGAGGAAGGAUGCUUUACCAAGGGGAGGUUCUACUUCUACGCCUGCGACUUCUCACCGCGAGCUGUAGACUUUGUGCGUUCCAAUCCACUGUACGAUUCCAGCCAAAUAACAGCCUUUCAGUGCGAUAUCACCACGCAACAGGUGCAUGAACACAUCCCGCCCAGUAGCCUAGAUGUCUGCACCCUGAUCUUCGUACUCUCCGCGAUCCACCCACAAAAGUUCUUGGAUGUGGUGCAGAACUUGUGGAAGCUUCUUAAGCCAGGAGGACUUGUGCUGUUCAGGGACUAUGGACUUUACGACAUGGCCCAGCUGCGCUUUAAGCCGGGCAACAAGAUUGCCGAUAACCUAUAUGUGCGACAGGAUGGCACCCGGAGUUACUUCUUCUCCGAGGAAGAAGUAUCCCAGCUCUUCCAGGAGAACGGCUUCGACAUAAUCACCAAUGCCUAUGUGCACAGGAGAACUCUUAAUCUCAAGGAAGGUGUGGAUGUGCCACGCAUCUUCCUGCAGGGAAAGUUCAGAAAGAAGAACCUCUGACCACAAACUACGGCCCUUUGUUACGUAUUUAGUUGUUGUAUUUAUUUUAAAUCAAUAACAUGGUUCAAGUCAACGUUCAAUAAAUAUUUGUAUGUAAUAUUA